CUCUCUCCUCGGACGGAACGGAAGACCCCCAGAACCCCAAACCCUACACGAACCCAGAGCAGCCUCCGCCGGCGCCGACACUUCGAGCUCCGCUUCUGCCUUCCACGCGUCUCCGAUAUGGCUGAACCGGAGGUGGAGGUGGCCGCCGCCGCAGCGAUGGAAACCGAGGCGCAGGCAGCCGCUGGUCAGAAGAGGGAGCGGGAGGAAGAGGGUGAUCCCGCCGCUGAGGGCGGCGAGGCGGCGGCGGAGGAAGAGGCGGCGGCUAAGAAGCCUAGGGUGGAUGGGGAUGCCAAGGAGGAAAAGGAGGGGACGAAGGAUGAAAAGGAGGGAGAGGAGGCGGAGGGCAAGCCCGUGAAGCUGGGGCCGAAAGAGUUCACCUCGGCCGUCGAGAUGUUCGACUACUUCUUCGCCCUGCUCCACUCGUGGGCGCCGCAGCUUGACUUCAAUAAGUAUGAACAAAUGGUGCUAGAGGACUUGCUGAAGAAGGGCCAUGCUGAGCCUGCUAAGAAGAUUGGGGCCGGAAUUGAAGCAUUUGAGAUCCGCAACCACCCCGUGUGGCAAAGCCGCUGUUUCUUUGUCCGCAGGGUUGAUGGAUCAGCGGACGAUUUCAGCUUCCGCAAGUGCGUUGACAACAUCCUGCCCCUCCCUGAGGACAUGAAGAUUGGCACCGGCAAGAAGUCUGGUGGCCACCACAAGGGUGGCGGUGGGGGCCGUGGAGGAGGGCGUGGAGGAGGGGGCCGAGGUGGCUGGCGCGGUGGGCGUGGCCGUGGUAGGAGAGGCGGCUAGGUAGUUUACAAGCCCUGCAAUUUUUCCCGGUUAGUGCUUGGGCGGUCGUGAAAAUGAAGGGCAUUUAUGUUGUUUUAUGUGGGCUUCUGUCCUAAAGACUGAUGAUGCCCAUUUCUGAACCUUGAAACUGGGAGGUGAUCUAUGUCAAAUGCUUACGCCACGCUAUUCCUAC